AUGCGGAAAUACCAACGAGUCCUAGGAUCGGUGGCCGCCCCUGCCCUGCUCUUGCUCCUGCUCCUCACCCUCGUCCUACCGUUUAUUCAGACCCAGAUGCAGAGCGCACGAGAGAAGGCUGCCGACGAGCGGCGGUUGGACGGAGGCAUCGUGGACUCGCCGGGGGCAGAGAACGACCUCCGCAUCAUCGGCCUCGCCCGCUUCGCCGUCUCCGAGCACAAGAACAAGACCUUGCAGAACGCUCUGCUGGAGUUUGAGCAAGUGGUGAGGCUGAAGCAGCAAGUUGUUGCAGGCAUGAUGUAUUAUAUUGCAAUUCAGGUCAAUGAGGGCGGGGCAAAGAAGAUGUAUGAAGCCAAGGUGUGGGAGCGGCCAUGGAUGGAUUUCAAGAAGCUCAUGGAGUUCAGGCCGGCAGAGCGCGCCUCUGCGAGCGCUUAA